AUGAAAAGCAAUUCUUUACAAUAUAAUUGUUUGAAUUAUCAUAUUCAUCGUGAGAAACCAGCUUAUUCUAAAUUAUUAGAUAUUGUUGAUGAAGUCAUUCCGUACUGUUUUCGCCCAGUAAACUAUUUCGAAGAAUCAUCCGAAACCUCUGUUCAUCCGCUUUCUCAAAAACUAAGUUUCGAAGAAUUACGUCUGGCUCAUACUACUUCAGAACAACUUCUGUCGUGGUCAAUUUCGAUUGAUGUAGCUCAACGAUAUCAAUUAUAUCUAAUUGAAUCGAAUGCUGCAUUUAAUGAAGUUGUCUACAAUUGUACUGAACCGUGGUUUGGCCCUCGAUGCCAAUAUUCGUUUCCUUUCGGCGGGCGUACAUCUUUCAACCAAAUCGUUGAAGCGGCUUUUCGUGGAAGAACACCAUUUCCUGAGUCAUCUGAAGUGAUAGUACAGGUGCCAUGUUAUGUUCUUCUAGAAUGCCAUCGUAAUGGACAGAGUUGGUGUCUUGAUUGGCGUGAAGUAUGUAACGGAAUCGUUGAUUGUUUUGAUGAAGCUGUCGAUGAAGAAUAUUGUUUCGAUAUGGAGAUAAACAAAUGUGAGAAAAAUGAAUAUCGCUGUCACAAUGGAUUGUGUAUAUCAAGCGAACUUUGGGAAGAGGGUGAAGGCGAUGCAGAUUGUCUCGAUCGAUCAGACGAAGUAUUGGAUGCCUUCUAUAUAGCAUCCUGUUUCCAAGAUCCCACAUUCCGUUGUGAAGAACAUUCUUGCAGAGCACACGAGGGUACAUUUCCUUGUGGAGAUGGCCAAUGUGUCAACACAUUUGAUGCAUGUUAUAAUGGACGACACAUGUUACUGAUAGACGCGAUGACAGCCAAGGGUAAUCUAACAGACGAAUGUUGGAUUGCUAUGAUCUGCCUCACUGAACUCGCCGAGCAAAUUCAUGGAAGUUCAUAUACAUGCUGGUCUCCUAUAUGGAAAGAGUAUGCUUGUUCAAUGACCGGACAGGAAGACAAUAUUCCAUUUCAACGUUUUUGUAAUGGUAUCAACCAAUCCAUUUACUACGAUAAUUCUGGACAAGAUUAUAAUGAGGAGUUCGGAUGUGAAGAGUGGUUAUGUAACAAUAUGUAUGCACGUUGUGAUGGUUAUUGGGCAUGUCUCGAUGGACGAGAUGAGAACAAUUGUAGUCGAGCAAGCUGUCCUUUACAAACUCACACUUGUAUAGAUCCUGUUAAUUUUACAGUAAUCUGCUUACCUCGCACACGUGUUAAUGAUGGAAACGAUGAUUGUCUUGGCGCAUCCGACG